GGUGUACACAACGACUGUGAAAAUCUCUUUACUUCCAUCCAGCAAGAUUUAAAUACAGCUGGACAAUCAGCUGAACAACUUUAAAAUAUAGACAGCAGUUUGUUUUAAUUUCUGCUGGUUCAAAGUUUGGUGUUAUUUUUCUUUUGUAUAUUUGGCGUUAUUAAGUGCAAUGCCGGGAAUAGGAAAUGAACAAGCAACCACUACUACUAGGAUUUUAACAAAAAAGCCUAAACGUGGCAAACGGCAAAAAAAGUCGCAUAAGAAGGGAACUACUUUUAAAAAAAUAGAUGACAAUAAGUGGAUUGAAAGUAACCGCAUUAAUGUGGAGAAAGCGGACAUUGAGGACAUGCGUCUUCUGGUCCAUUGCAAUAAAAUGCUUAAUGCUCAUGAAAGAAGAAUCUCAGACGGUCUCCUAGUUCAGCAGUGUUUCAGAGCUCAUAGGCAGGAUGAGCAACGAAAAAGAAGACGAAGACACAAAAAAGCCAAUAAAAGUGAUGAUGAGCAUAAAGAAAUUGACGAUGAUGACCCACAUCCUUCACUGCAUCUUACAGUCAAAAUCUAAACUGGCCCCUUUUAAGUUUCCUUUAUCCAAAUUGUUUUAACAAUAAAAUUGAUUAGGAAAACAG